CACCGCGUGUGGAGGAAGUCGUCUGCGGAGAAGCUAAACUCCAGCGCUCUCCUCACCGGGGAGCCUCUUAACAGACAUACAGGACUCAUUUAAAAUAAAAAAAAAAACAAUAAAAUGUUAGUGCUAUUCGAGACCGCUGCUGGCUACGCCAUCUUUAAAGUCCUCGAUGAAUCCAAGCUGCAGGAGGUGGACAGUCUGUACAAGGAGUUUGAAACCCCUGAGAAAGCCAACAAAAUACUGAAACUGAAGCACUUUGAGAAGUUCCAGGACACAACAGAGGCCUUAGCAGCUGCCACCGCCCUUGUUGAGGGAAAACUCGGCAAGAGUCUGAAGAAGGUUCUGAAGAAAGUUGUUGCCAAAGAAGCUCACGAACAGCUCGCCAUUAGCGAUGCGAAACUGGGCGGAGUCAUUAAAGAAAAGCUGGACCUGAGCUGCGUCCACAGCCCCGCCGUGGCCGAGCUCAUGAGGUGCAUCCGCAGCCAGAUGGAGGCCCUCAUCUCCGGACUUCCUCCCAGGGAGAUGAGCGCCAUGUCGCUGGGCCUGGCUCACAGUUUGUCCCGUUACAAGCUCAAGUUCAGCCCGGACAAAGUGGACACAAUGAUUGUGCAGGCCAUCUCUCUUCUGGAUGACCUGGACAAGGAGCUGAACAACUACAACAUGCGCUGCAGGGAGUGGUACGGCUGGCACUUCCCUGAGCUGGGGAAGGUCGUCACGGACAACCUGGCCUACUGCAAAACCGUCCGCAAAGUCGGUGACCGCACCAACGUGGCCACCACUGAUCUGUCGGAGAUCCUCCCAGAGGAGAUCGAAGCCGAGGUCAAGCUCGCCGCUGAGAUCUCCAUGGGAACAGAAGUGUCAGAGCAGGACAUCGGCAACAUCCGGCACCUGUGCGAUCAGGUCAUCGAGAUCUCAGAGUACCGCGCUCAGCUCUAUGACUACCUGAAGAACAGGAUGAUGGCUAUCGCCCCAAAUCUGACGGUGAUGGUGGGCGAGCUGGUCGGCGCGCGCCUUGUCUCCCACGCUGGUUCCCUUCUGAACCUGGCGAAGCACCCGGCCUCCACGGUGCAGAUCCUCGGAGCCGAGAAGGCUCUGUUCAGAGCGCUGAAGACCCGCAAAGACACUCCCAAGUACGGGCUCAUCUAUCACGCCUCUUUGGUGGGUCAGACUACUGCUAAGAACAAAGGAAAGAUUUCCCGAAUGCUGGCGGCUAAAACUGCGCUGGCUAUCCGAUACGACGCCCUAGGCGAGGACACGAACGCAGAAAUGGGAGUAGAGAACCGGGCCAAGCUGGAAGCCAGACUACGGCAGCUGGAGGAGAGAGGAAUCCGAAGAAUCAGCGGAACAGGCAAAGCGAUGGCGAAGGCAGACAAAUACCAGCACAAGAGUGAGGUGAGAAUCUACGACCCGUCCGGCGACUCGACGAUUCCGUCCACCUCAAAAAAGAGGAAGUUCGAGGAGGUCGAGGGGGAGACGAGUGAACAGGACGCUGAGACUCCGGUGGCCAAGUCCAAAAAGCCCAAAAAGGAACCGGUAGCAGAAGAGCAAGAGGACGAAACGGCAGCGGAGUCUCCUAAGAAAAAGAAGAAGAAGAAGGAAAAGAAGGCGGAGGAGGAGGAACCUGAGGAGGCAAAGGAAGAAGAGGAGGAAAUGCCAGUCAGUGAGCCAACAGAAAAGAAGAAAAAGAAGAAAAAAAAGAAGGUGAAGGAGGAAGAUGAUGAGUGAAGAGUUGUCAUAGUGUAUAUACUUUAUUUUAGCUUUUCUUUUUUUAUAAAUAUGUCAUACAUUUUUAUCUUCAAAACAGCACAGCAGUAUUAAGCUGCCUAUCCCCUGGCAUAAAAAUUCAUCAGAUGUUAUUUUAUGGAUGGGAGAGAGCGUCCCUCCCAUUAUGAGUGAAAUCCCAUGUAGUUUCUAUUGUUUUUUUGUUUUUUUUCUUUUAUCAGUUUAAUUUGGAUGUUUUCAUGUUGAGACGUCUGUAUCUAUGUGAAUGAUGAGACAAAUAAAUCCACAUUUCCCAUUUGA